GCGACAAAUCCGCGCAUUGCCCACGCGCCUCUAGGUCUCAGGUCUUGCGGGCGCCGUCUCCAAUAUUGUAUUAGUCCAGUGCCUAAGUGACUUCUCGUGUCGGGGACGUUGUUAAGCCGUAAAAAUGGAGACGCUCAAUAGGCUAGUGGAGCAGUACCAUGAUUUAAUGGACAACAAAAGUGACCAGAGGGUCAAAGGAUGGUUCCUCAUGUCUUCUCCGAUCCCGACCCUAGUGAUUUGCCUCACAUAUGUCUUCACAGUUAAAGUACUGGGACCAAAACUUAUGGAAAACAGGAAGCCAUUUGAAUUAAAACAAGUACUUAUAUGGUAUAAUCUAUUCCAAGUUUUGUUCAGUAUUUGGCUGUUUCGCGAGAGUCUGGCGAGCGGAUGGUUCUCCACGUACAGCUUCCGGUGUCAGCCAGUCGACUAUUCCAACACACCACAAGCUAUGCGGACAGUAAAUGGAUGUUGGUGGUACUACUUUUCAAAGUUUACGGAGUUUUUCGACACGAUCUUCUUCGUGAUGCGGAAGAAGUUUGACCAUGUGUCCAAGCUCCACGUGAUCCACCACGGAAUCAUGCCCAUGUCUGUCUGGUUCGGAGUUAAGUUCACACCAGGUGGCCAUUCAACCUUCUUCGGUAUGCUGAACACCUUUGUCCACAUCGUGAUGUACUCCUACUACUUGUUGGCUGCUCUGGGCCCUGAAAUCCAGAAGUACCUAUGGUGGAAGAAAUAUCUCACAGCUCUGCAAAUGGUCCAAUUCGUGUUGGUGUUCUUCCACGCGUUCCAGCUGUUGUUCAUCGACUGCGACUACCCCAAGGCUUUCGUCUGGUGGAUCGGCAUGCACGCCGUGCUCUUCUAUUACCUGUUCUCUGACUUCUAUAAACAGGCGUACUUGAAGAAGGCAAAAAACGCUAAAUCGAAAGUAAAGGUUGAAGCCGACGACACCAAGCAAGAUACCAAGGAGAUGAAGCUGCCUCUCCUGAACGGCUUCAGCAACGGGUCGGCUCUCGGGGACGUGCGGCAAAGGGUGGCCGGCGCGGUGGCCUCGCAGUGAACCUUACUUUAGUUACAGUGUUUAGUCUAUAAUGUACAGGCAAUGACAAUAAUAUCUAUAAGAAAAUCACAGUUUCUGUGAACACCAAAGAUGAAAAGGUGGUUCAGCGCAGAUUGGAGGUGCUGGUAAAAAGGAAGCCCUUUGUGCAUAGAUUUUUGGAAGGACGUAAGGCAUUGUAACUGAGAUUUUGGGAGGCAUAACAACAGAUAUUUUGAUAUUUGUCCUAACCAGAUUUCACAAGGGCAUCACAUCCAGACCUUCAUCUACCUUUACAACUAAGCAAUAGACGUACAAAUAGGUUUGUGAUCGGGGCAAUAUAGCAAUGAAGAUUAACAAAACAAAAAGAAAAGUACAUGAUAGUCGGCUGUUUUCAUUUGCCUGCUGUCAGAACAUUAUCUGUAUUUGACGAGAAAACGCUCAAUUAGGUAAGUUUUAGUACUAAACUAGGUAUUUAGGUAGGUUUUAAUUUAUUGAAAUUGUAUAAAAUGAAGAUGUGCCUCAGACGGCUGGAUCCAUGGGUUUACAUAUGGAUAAUUUUAUUAUCAGUUCUGCGCAAAAGCCUGUUGUAUAAUAAAAAAGGUGCCAAUUUCAUUUUGAUAAUCAAAGUUUUAUAACUGUAUAAAAAAUUAGAAUCUUAAUGACGUAAUGGAAUAAAUGAAAUGUUUUGUAAUUUUUUAUAUAAUUUGGCUGUAGAAUUGUCAUUCAGAUUAAAAUAUAUAUAUAGUUUUUUAUGCAAGAAAUUAUAAUUUUAGGGGUUUGUUAACUAAAACAAAUGACAAAUGCUAGAUUUCAAAAGCAAUAUAAUAUGUGUAUGAAACGAUAUUUCCGAAACAAAGUUUGAGUGUAUGAAAACAUGCGAUAAGUUUUGCGGUUUUAAGAAAGAGUUAACGGUAGUAUAUAUGCAUGAUUAGGCCAGAAUUAACAAAUAUAACGAACAUCUAUUUAUUAAAUGCAUUAUUUUUCUAAAAUUUUGUUUCACAAGGACCUAAAUAUGUAUUGGCUUCCUUUACUUUAACUAAAACAUUUGUGAUUUCAUUUCCUUUCUGACAAUAUGUCACACACUGUACUAAUAAAUAUUACGGUUUAUUUUCCUUAACAACCUUCUAGUUUCCAAUUUGAUGAAAAUAUUAUUAGAACUCCACUAAAAUAAUGUUUUUAUAAAAUUAAUAAAUAAAUAUCGUAUGUUUUCAUAAAAAAAAGAUACCCAGUUGAAUGAAUUAUCUAUGUUUUUUCUAAAGUUUUAUUCUAAUAAUGCAUUUUGUAAUGUACCAAUAAUGGUUUACGACUAUUUAUGAGAAACAUUUUUAUUAACACUACACGUGAUAUCCAUUCUGUGACGUUUUGAUAUUUAUGAAAAAUGCAUAUUUAAAUUGUAAAUAUAGUAAUAUAGGAUAACCUUUGGUAUAUAAACAUAAUUAUUUGUGACACUUUCAAAAAUUAAAAUAAUGACAAAUCUU